UCCACCCGAGGCAGUAAAGCAUGAGGCCGGAAAAAGCUGAGGACGACUCCUCCCUUCCCCUCCACCCCCACCGAUCGCUUCUCGAAACCCUCGCGGUCUCUUCCUUUCUUUCGCCAUUGGAGAUCUGAGAGGAAGCUUUUCGAGUACGGCAUUGCUCCAUCUUAGGGUUUUGUUUCUUUCUCCAUUGGAGAUCGGAGAGGAGGAAAAUAAGCUUAGAGGCGAAGCAAUUGAAUGCAACGUCGAUCGAUCUUAGAACGAGGCGAGUUCUUAAUUCUGCAUCUUCUUCUUCGAAUUGUCGUUGCGUGUUGCAUUUGAUGCGCAAAGAAAAAAAAAAACAUUCUAAGUGGAGAGAAGAGUCUUGGGGCCGUGUGGUAUAUAAUUUAGCCGGUGAAUGCGGAGAGCGUGCAUGUGAUUUUUGACUCAUGACGAACGAGAGCAUGAUGGAGCAUCAAGUGAGCAGCAGAGAGAGGUAUGCACAGUUUAUGGAGGACUCGUGCUGCACCCACUUCUGCCUCGGCCCCAACCCUUCCAUGGCCCGCUACGUCUACGCCCUCAUUUUCCUCGUCACCAACCUCUUGGCUUGGACCAUCCGUGACUACGGCCACUCCGCGCUCUCUGAGCUUCAGAGACUAAAAGGUUGCCAUGGUGCUCGUUACUGUUUGGGUGCAGAGGGCGUGCUCCGCAUUAGCUUUGGCUGUUUUCUGUUCUUCUUUGCCAUGUUCCUCUCAACUGUCAACACGAAGAAGGUGGACGAUCCACGCAAUUCAUGGCACUCUGAAUGGUGGCCAGCAAAGAUAAUCAUGUGGCUCAGUUUCAUGGUUAUUCCAUUUUUUAUACCCUCGGCAUUUAUCCAGCUUUAUGGGAAAAUUGCACACUUUGGUGCUGGGGUAUUUCUUCUAAUUCAACUGAUCAGUGUGAUCAGCUUCAUAACUUGGCUCAAUGACUGUUGCCGGACAGAGAAAAUUGCAAAAAGAUGCCGCAUCCAAGUGUUGGUUGUUUGUAUAACCACUUAUCUCGCAUCCGUUGUCGGAAUUGUUUUGAUGUACAUAUGGUAUGCACCAAAGCCAUCAUGCAGUCUUAACAUCCUCUUUAUCACUUUGACACUGGGGCUUCUGCAACUCAUGACUUUUGUCUCAAUUCACUCGAAGGUGAAAGCAGGAUUCCUUGCACCAGGUAUAAUGGGAUUGUAUGUCGUAUUUCUUUGCUGGUCUGCUCUUAGAAGUGAGCCACAGACAGAGAUCUGUAACAAGAAAGCACAAGCUGCAACAAAUGCAGACUGGUUAACUAUUGUGAGCUUCGUUAUUGCUGUGCUUGCCAUAGUCAUGGCAACAUUUUCAACAGGAAUCGAUUCCAAAUGCUUUCAGUUCACGAAAGCUGAAACAGAGUCAGAGGAUGAUGUUCCCUAUGGAUACGGCUUCUUCCAUUUUGUCUUUGCCAUGGGGGCGAUGUAUUUUGCAAUGCUAUUCAUUGGGUGGAAUGCACAUAAAACCAUGCAAAAAUGGACAAUAGACGUCGGAUGGGCCAGUACAUGGGUCAGGAUUGUGAACGAAUGGCUUGCUUCGGUUGUGUACGUUUGGAUGCUGGUUGCUCCCCUUGUUUGGAAGAAUCGAAGGCAGGUUGAGUCGACGUAGUAAUGCUCAAAACGAAUGCAGAUCACAUACUCUAAAUUCCACAUCAGCAUAUUUUAGUGUACAAAAGAAAUCAAUACAACUCAGCCGAAGAGCUUCACCAGUUAUCAGGGCAAAAGAAGUUUCAUCUGGGUAGCUUCGACUGUGUAAAAUUUUCCCCAUAUAUAGCAAAUGCAUCAUUGUAUUUAGUGUAAGCACAAAAUAUUUGUAGAUAACUGAGAACUAAAUUGUCGGCGGAGAUGUUAGGGAAAGAUCCAUAAGACAGUGAUUAUGAGUCUCGCGAAGUAACUUCGUUGGCUUGAAGAUUUUGUACUGCAGUACUACAUAAUACAUAUCCAAUUAAACAGGUAUUACAGUAUUUUGAAUA